AGUCAGGGCUUCAGCUGGGCUGGGCCAGCUGUUAAUCCUCCAGGCGGAUACCGGGGCGGGGGGGAGAUGGGGCAUAUAGGUGGCGUCCACCGGUGAGAAACACCUAGCGCAGGUAAAAGGGUGGCGGCGAGAGGGAGUUCCCACCUGUUGCAUUCUUCCAGAAAUGAAGACUUAAGAAAAUACCAAGGAGGGGCCGAUCAGUGUCUUUCGGACGCGCCUGGAGCUCCACCCUCGGUCAGAGGAAAAGCCCCUGGGCUGAGAGGCAGGAGCUUCAGAAAAACCAAGAAAAGCGGCUGCCUGCGCGCUCCACUUCCUCUGCCUCGCACCGCUGCGGCGCGGCCUGCCCAGCCUGCGCCCGGGCCGCGGCCCUUCGCCCCGCCGCGCCCUCCCUCCCCGGCCUCCGGGUGCCUCGGCCGGCGACCUGCCCCCGAGUCCUCCCAUGGCGGCAGCCGGGCACGCCGGCUUCCCAGGCGGAGCCCUCUGCCGGCAACUCCUGCUGACCCUCGCGAUCUUGACAGCUGCCUGUGAUGCCUGCAAAACAGUGACCCUACAUGUUCCCUCCAAAUUAGAUGCUGAAAAAUUUAUUGGUAGAGUUAACCUGAAGGAGUGCUUUAAAUCUGCUAAUGCAAUUCAUUCAAGUGAUCCUGAUUUCCAGAUUUUAGAAGAUGGUUCAGUCUACACAACAAAUGCUAUUCUUUUGUCCUCAGAGAAGAGAACUUUUACUAUAUCACUUGCCAACACAGAGAACCAAGAAGAGAAGACAGUGCUUGUCCUUUUAGAGCGUCAGACCAAGGUACUUAAGAAAAGGCAUUCUCAAGAGAAAGUUCUAAGACGUUCCAAGAGAAGAUGGGCUCCUAUUCCUUGUUCGGUGCCUGAGAAUUCCUUGGGUCCUUUCCCACUUUUUCUUCAACAGAUUCAAUCUGACACAGCACAAAACUACACCAUUUACUAUUCCAUAAGAGGACCUGGAGUUGACCGAGAACCUCUGAAUUUAUUUUAUGUAGAGAGAGACACUGGAAACCUGUUUUGUACCCGUCCUGUAGAUCGUGAACAGUACGAAUCUUUUGAGCUAGUUGCCUUUGCAACAACUCCAGAUGGAUAUACUCCAGAACUUCCAUUGCCCCUCGUAAUCAGAAUUGAGGAUGAAAAUGAUAACUACCCAAUUUUUACAGAAACGACUUACAUUUUUGCAGUUUCUGAAAAUUGCAGAAUUGGUACUACCGUGGGACAGGUAUGUGCAACUGACAAGGACGAGCCAGACACGCUGCACACGCGUCUGAAGUACUCCAUCAUCGAGCAGCUGCCAGCAUCCCCCGUCGUCUUUUCAAUGCAUCCAACGACAGGUGUGAUCACCACGUCAUCAUCUCAGCUAGACAGAGAGGUAUUUGAUAAAUACCAGUUGAAAAUAAAAGUACAAGACAUGGAUGGUCAAUAUUUUGGUUUGCAGACAACCUCAGCUUGUGUCAUUAAUAUUGUUGAUGUGAAUGACAACUUGCCAACAUUCACUCGUUCUUCUUAUGUGACAUCAGUGGAAGAAAAUAGAAUUGAUGUGGAAAUCUUACGUGUCACCGUUGAGGAUAAGGAUUUAAUUAAUACUGCUAAUUGGAGAGCUAAUUUCACCAUUUUAAAGGGCAAUGAAAAUGGAAAUUUUAAAAUUGUGACAGAUCCCAAAACCAAUGAAGGAGUUCUGUGUGUGGUUAAGCCACUGAAUUAUGAAGAAAAACAACAGGUGACCCUGCAAAUUGGUGCAGUUAAUGAAGCUCCAUAUUCUGGUAGUUCAAGAUCAGCCAUGAACACGGCAACAGUCACUGUUAACGUACAAAAUCAGGAUGAGGGCCCUGAGUGUAGCCCUGCAGUGCAAACCGUUCGAAUUAAAGAAAAUGCACCAGUGGGAACACAGAGCAGUGGAUAUAAAGCAUACGACCCAGACACGAGAAGUAGCAGUGGCAUAAGGUAUAAGAAAUUAAAUGAUCCACAAGGGUGGGUCACCAUUAAUGAAAACUCAGGAUCAGUCACAACUUUCAGAAGCUUGGAUAGAGAGGCAGAGACCAUCAGAAAUGGCAUGUAUAAUGUUACAGUCCUUGCAACAGACAAAGAUGGGAGGACAUGUACUGGGAUUCUGGGAAUUAUACUGGAAGACGUGAAUGAUAAUGGCCCCUCCAUACCUAAGCGGCAGGUGAUCAUCUGUAAGCCUGUCAUGUCGUCGGCGGAGAUUGUUGCUGUCGAUCCGGAUGAACCUAUACACGGCCCCCCCUUUGACUUCAGUUUGGAGCAGGUUCCCAAUUCCGACAUAUACAGAAUGUGGAGACUGACAAAAAUUAACGAUACAGCAGCCCGGCUCUCCUAUCAGAAUGACCCCCAGUUUGGACAAUAUACAGUACCUAUCAGAGUUACAGAUAGACUUGGCCAGUCACUUGUCACUCAAGUAAACGUUGUAGUGUGUGACUGUGUUACCGAAAAUGACUGCAACCUUCGCAUCAGUCCACAGACCGGCAACAACAGAGGAAUAGUGCUUGGAAAGUGGGCCAUCCUUGCCAUUUUGUUGGGCAUCGCACUGCUAUUUUGUAUCCUGUUUACCUUAGUUUGUGGGGCUUCUGGGGCGGCCAAAAAGCCGAAAGUAUUUCCUGAUGAUUUAGCCCAGCAGAAUCUCAUCGUGUCAAACACUGAAGCUCCUGGCGACGACAGAGUGUGUUCCACCAAUGGCUUCUCAGCCCAUACUGUGGGCAGUUCAGCGCAGGGCAUCUGUGGCACCAUGGGGUCAGGAGUGAAAGGCAGAGGCCAGGAGACCAUUGAAAUGGUGAAAGGAGGACAUCAGACCUUGGAAUCGUGCCGGGGGGCCGGGCAGCAUCACACCCUGGAGUCGUGUAAGGGAGGUGGACAGCACACCCUGGAUUCCUGCAGAGGUGGACAAGUCGAGGUGGAAAACUGCAAAUACGCUCACUCAGAGUGGUAUUCUUUUACUCAGCCCCGUCUUGGUGAAAGAGUCCGGCUGUGUGACCAGGAUACCAAUCACACGCAUGCCCAAGACUACGUCCUUACAUAUAACUACGAAGGGAGGGGCUCGACUGCUGGUUCUGUGGGUUGUUGCAGUGAACGGCAAGAAGAAGAUGGGCUUGACUUUUUGGAUCACUUGGAACCCAAAUUUAGGACAUUAGCGGAAACAUGCAUGAAGAGAUGAGUGCGUUCCAAUUAGUCUACAAAAGCCAAUGGCUUUCUUUUCUUCUUUAUUAUUAUUAUUACAAGCCAGGAUUUUUUAAAAGUAGAAAAUGCUAUGUUUCAGGCUUUUCCCCUUUUUUUGAUGGGAUCUCUUUAGUCAAAUGCACAUUUACAGAGAGAUGCUGUAAGUAAGUACACAAAUUUCCUGAUAUUGACAUAGUUUUUAAUUACUUGCUUUCCACCUGUGGACACCUACAGAUAGAAAAAUUAAGAAAGUCUGUGUUUUUGUUUACAUUUGGGUAUAAUGACAGCAGCUAAUUCAUAGUGCAAUAAAAUAUCAUUAAUUUAUAGACUACUUGAAGUAUAACUGGAUGGAAAAUUGUAGACACCUUGCUUUAACAUUAUCUUCAGUUACCCGAUCAAUUAAUUGUGUGGUGCUUGAAGGCUGCUGUUCUCCUAAAUAUUCUGAAGUGUAUAAACUGCAUUCUUGAUCCUCUUUUAGUCUUGUAACAUGGCCUUUCUUCACAAUGCAAAGGGGGAUUCCCCUCCAAACACUGACUGUUAUUAUAAUUCCAUUUUGGUGGAGUUUAUUUAGUUUCUACCUUGUAUUCCCUGUGAAAUCCAGCACUGAAUCUACAUUUCUGUUACCCAUCUUCUCCACAAAAUUUAAGUUUAAAAAAAUGCUUUAAGAAUGUAUUUUUAUUCCUGCAAGAUUUUGGUCUUUGGUUCUCUCGCUCUCUUCCCCCCCCCCCACCCCCCCUUCUUUCCCCAUCUCCCUCUUUUUUUCCUUUCUCUCUUUCUUUUCUUUUUGUUUUUGAAUUCCUACUUGGGUUGGAGAAUCUAAAUAUUUUUAAAAGCCAUCUUUCUUAUAAAGUGGGAUAUUCUGUGUUUCUGUUUUAUGCAAGCACACAUAUUCUUGAUUUUUCUUGAAAUCAAUGUAAUGUUGAUUUUGUCUCAAGUAUCUUAGUAAUUGCUUCAUUAUCUCAACAAAGAAGCUUUAAUUUUGCCUUUGAACUGUAGAAAUAUGUCAUGCUUUUAUUAGCUGCAGCAUUCUAUGUUAACGAGGAAUAGUGUAAUUAAAAUUGGGAUGUGGCUGUUUAGUAUAUAAUAGUAUAUUUGCAGUUCAUUAUUGCAAGGGUACAGUUUAUGAAUGCAAAAUAGUGAUGGUUUUGAAAUAAGCUUUGAAAUACAGGGAUUGUGCAAACUCUCUAGGAGUAACUGUUUAUAGUUUUUAGAAGAGAUGGCUAGUUAUGUCUAUGUGUUUGUAAAGGUUUUUUUUAAUAUUUUAAGAUUACAGGUUUUAACAAAUGUGGAAGUGGUCCAAACUAUUUAAAUUUUGAAAGAAUGAGACAAAAUUAAACCUAAUAGUCAACCAGAUUCCUCGGCUAGGUUUCACACCUUAUUUUAGUCAGUGAAUUUUCUAUGUAUACUAACCAUAUGAACAUUUUAAAUGUAUUUCUAAUACUUAGGAUUGGUAAUACUAUGACUAGUUUGAAUUCACAAGGCUGGCUUAUAACAAUUAAUUUUAAGGAUUAACAUUGGGUAAUUUAUUCACUAAUCAGUUUAUCUUUUCAAUAGUUUACUGCUCAGUCAAAAAUACUAUUUCUCAAAGUUAUUUUUAAUAAAUUAUGUAUAAAAUUCUUGUAUAUUAAUAGUUAUGAUAAAGUAAACCAAAUAGUUUUUAAAAAUCAGUGUGUUUGUUAAUCAUGUGUGUGAUAUGAGCUUGUGGGAUUGUAUUUUUCUUACUUAGAGAAGUGAGUCUCUUUUUAGAAUCCUGUUCUAUGUUUUUUAGAAUUUCACAGUUUGAUUUGGAGAGGUAAUUGGUCCGUUGUUACCGCCACAUUUAUCUAAUUUUACUAUUCUAAAGCUUGUGAUGCUAUGGGAUAUUGGUUAAGUUGCAUAAUUUCUCUGUGGCUUUUUCAUCAUAAAAUGGGGGAUAAUAAUAUAUCUUUCCUAGGGUGGCUGUGAGACAUUUGAAUAAAAGCUGGUUUUUAAGCAUGAAAAUCACACAGAGUGGUCCACCUAAAAAAAGAUACUCCAAAUAAAACUAAAUAAUUCUCAACAAGUCACAUGUACAACCCAUUUCAUACUAACAAAAAUCAGUGAAGAAAAUAGGAUAGUGAAAAAGGUUUUCUUUUUUUGACUUUAGAAUAUUCGUCAGUUGAGCAUAUGUUCCUAAUGAUCACCUGACAACCGAAUCUUACAUAUC